AUGUCAAAAUAUGUUUCGCCUUCGCUAUCUCAAAUGAUUUUAAAUUGUUUUAUCUUAGGUGACACUCGUGGAUUUCCGGUUGUUCUUGGAGAAAAAAUUACCAUUAAGAAUGAUACCAUCCCUUUUGAAAUUUUCAAUGUUGGACUUCUCAUAGACUACAUCUAUGAAAAGAAAAAGGAUAUUAUUAGUAGCUCUAAUAUAGAUGUUUGGAAGGUUGAAAUCGAAGAAACCGACGAAAAUAGAGAAAAACUAAAAAAUACUGAAAUUAAUAUCGGAAGAGAAUUCGGAGGUAAAAGGUUGUCCACAACUAAAUUGACUAGAAAAAUUUUCUCAGAUGGACCGCCGGAUGAACGUAUCCACAUACUCGUCCAACCACCACCUUCGCCCGCCAACACCGGCCUUAAACGGACAAAUUCUGAUCAAAAUAUGAGAGCUCGUAAACUCGUGAGGACCUAUGGUCCUGUGGAUGUAUCAGAAAAUUUUUACGUUCCAUUUAGGGAGCUGGAUUCAACCCGUAAUCUGGAGGAUGUCAUAAAUCAAAAUUUGUGCGCGCUCCUAGUUGGACAUUUCCAAUCAGGGAAGACAUCAGUCUUGCAUUAUUUACGGGACACCAAAGCGAAUUAUUUUUAUGUACAUUCUUCAGUAUUAACAUGUGGAUUUCUGCUUGGGUUGUCCGAUUCACUUUCUUUAAAACAGUGUACUAGCUGUGACAGUUUAUGUAAAGAAAUUAAGGAUAAAUACAAGGAGAAGAUAGUGAUACUUAUCGAUGAAUUUGAUCGAUUCUUAUUUAAUAGCAAAAAAAACAAAAACAUUGAACAUGCGAUUGAUGAAAUAAGAGAACUUACUAAACUCAUAAGUGAUAGGUCGAUUGGUAUCAAGUCUAUUGUUUACACUGGCACUUACUCAAUUGUUGCCAUGCUAAAAGAAAGUGUUCCACAAAUUAGAAAAGUCAUUGAAACACCAUCACAAGAGAGCAUUGACAGUUUAUCGGAGGAUGAAAGUUUAUCACAUGAUAGUAAGUGCCUUCUAGAGCCACAACCAAUUCCGUCUCCAUUAAACUCAGCUAAAGCAAUUCAGGCGUCUGAUUUCACUAAAGAUCAGCAUAUGUUGUUUUUUAAUGAUAUCCAAAAAGAUAGACAUAUUAAAUUAAGUGAAGAAGUUCUAGAUGAUAUUUAUAGUAUCACUAAUGGCUACGCCGGUUUAGAGGGCCUUUUGGCAUCGUUAUGUAUGGAAUAUUCUGCUAAUGAAAAAACUCUUGAAUUUGAUAAGUGGAAUGAACGUUUCACGGAAUUUAGACGCAGCCCAACGAACUAUCAGAUUAAAGCGGUUAAUCACAUUGAAAAACACCUUUCCGGUUCUAGUGAUAACGGACUUCUUGAAAGUGCAAGGAAUCUCUUAGGGCGCUUUUUACGAAGAGGGACUUUACGUUCAUCAGAGAUCAAAGAUAGUGAUACAAACGCUAUUAUGCACCUGCAAGCGAUUGGCAUAAUAAAGGAUCUGGGUAGUGAACUUUUUGGGUUCACAUCCAACAUUAUGCUUGAUUUGUUAUCAACCAAAUAUUAUCCUCUAUAUAGAGAGGGCCUAGCAACAAUCCCAGAUAUUAAAGAACCUCAACAAUUCCUGAAAGAUAUCUUAGGACUUUUAAAAUUUAUUCAUCACGAUGUAAUUUUUCAUUCCUUGGCCGCCAAUUUACAUUCUUUCUCUGAAGCAAUUAUCCAAGGGGAGCUUUAUGCUCUAUUACGUUCAGCUGUGUCUAAUAAUACAUAUAAGGUCUUUCGUGAGACUCGAACUCUAAAAGGAUCUGAGAAAAAAUGCGAUCUAUGGGUGUGUAAUGGCAAAGAAUAUGGUAUCGAAUGCAUGGUUAAUGGUGAUUCUAAAGAUGAGAUCAGUAAUGCAGUUAAGCAGGCCGUUGGAUAUACAAAAGGACGAAAAAAUGCAUGUUCAAUGUUUGUCCUUAAUUUCAUGCCAUCUGACAGUAUUGCCAACAAUUAUGGAUUUUUUUUCCCAUCAGUAAUCUAUCCGGAAGGACUAUACUUUGAAAUGGUUCAUAUAUUAUAUUCUAAAGCAGAUCGAAGUGCACAAAUCUUUCGCCGUUGUGCGGAAACCGAGAAAAUUUCUUUUGCAGCAGAAAGAUAA